GUCAAAAAUUGUAAUUGAACAACAGCUUGAUGUAAUGAAUCCACCGCCCAGCAUUACCUCUACACAAACUUCGGAUGUCGUGGAGCAGGUCUCAGCCUCGACAAGUCAAGAUCUUUCUUCAUCAUUGUCCGAUUGCAUUCGAGCUUUAUUGGCAGAUGAAGAUCCGGACAAAAUUGCCCUUUGCAUUGACAUCCAAAGCUUCAUUCUUUUCUUAAACGCCAUGGUUGAUCGGAUUCUCCUUAAAGGUUCACCAUUUGAACUUUUCCAGAAGUCUCUCGAUCAUCAUGUGUCAGGAAUUAAAGAACAGGGGUGCGCCGAAUUGUCUAACUCUCUUGAAGCUUAUUUGGUUGAUCUUAAACAACACAUCAAGCAGUUGCAGAAUUUCCGAGCUAAUGGCGCGUCUUCUUACAUCACUUCCGAAAUGGACCUGAGGCUACGAUCUUAA